AUGCAGAUCGCCGACGAACUGCUGUGCAAGCGACGCUUGUCAGCAGGUGGACGGCUCGCACAUAUUACCUGCCAAGGCGAGAACGACCCGCGUGUCAUCGUGGACCGACAGGGCCAGAUAGGGAAAUCCUUCCUCUGGCAGCCGCCGGCCUUCGAAGUACCAGUCUCGGCCUUGGGGAAGAAAUUCGGUGCAUUGAAGCGGCGGCGAUUUACCAAAACGGGGCCGGACGCCGUGGUACUACGGGACGACCAGACAGUGACUGUCUAUGAUCAAGGAGGGGAUUUGCGGCACCUGCGCAUCUUCAACGAUGAGGGGGCUUGCAAGGUGGAGAUGUCGGGGCAGGUGAUACUUUGUCCCAGCCUCCGACUGGCCCAGGAGAUGGAUGUUGGUGUGCAUGACGAAUGCCUAAAGGCCUUCGGCACUUAUUCUUUUCGCUACCUUCUUCCCAGCAUUGUGAUCCAAUGCGCUCUACAGAUACUACGGCUCAUGACCAUCACCUAUUUGGAGAAUCGCGCUUUGACCAACCCAGAGACAUUCUGGUGGAGGCCGGUUGUUACUACAUUGCACUAUCUUUUUCAAGCCAACCUGGUGCUGUGCCACAUCUUCACGGUGUUCCUUACCGGCGACGACGGAGCCUCCUGGGUGCAUCGAAUCCUGGGGAACCUCUCGGCGGGAAUCUUCUCGCUGGGGGCGAUGUACCUGGAGCCCAGGCUAUCACGUGGCCUACAGUGGGCCUUGUGCUGUUUAGUGGCAACCUUCGGCGCGGCCAUUUCCAACACGGUGAUCGGGGUACUCUACGGGGCCAUGUUGCAGACGGGCACCAUGCCGGUGCGCGCCAGCCUCUUUUUGCCGUUGGCCACGGCAGCGUGUGAGGUCUUCAUCAUCGCGUGGAUGCAGCACAGCUACAGUUGGAUGGUGUGGCCCAGAAGGGAGACAACGGACGGCUCCGACGGCUCCGACGGCCACAACUUUGACGGCUCCGUGGUGGGGGACCACUUCUUCCUGCCAGCAGCCACAAUGGCCAUGGCCGCCCACGCCCUCGCGGAGUCCAUCCGCAUGGGCGCCACCUUCAGUGCCGCGGCGGCCUCCGGGAGCUACGCCUGGAUCCUUUCCGUGCUGCUGACGAUGAUGCUGAAUAUUACCACCCGUCUGGGUUGGACGCGGUUCGUGCGUUUCGGCACCUUGAAGAGGCUUGGCUGGGUGCAGAUUGCAGUGAAAGUGUCGGGCCCGAGCAGCUGGCAUAUGCUCCAUGAGAACAUCAAGAUUUACGGAGGCUACGGCCGCUUUGCCGCGGUCUUGGCGCUCAUCACCUCCAGAACUGUCAUGCACCGCUUUGCAGUGAGCCCAGCCUUUAACGCCUCGGCCGGGUACGCGCUGCUGGCGAUGCUUGCCGCAGAGGUGGUGGAAGACUGUGUGGUGCUUCGGGAGCUAUUGCCCACUGCCCCUAUACCGCAGGAGGUGAUUUGGAGGGACGAGGCCUUCGACAAUUCAACCCCUUUGCAACUCGUGGCUGUAGAGCGCCGCCGCCGUAGCUGCCUUGGCACUGGCACGCGGAGUGUCACUGCGCCGGCCAUCAGCGCUUCCAGUCGAGUUCAUCCAGUCACAUUUGACUCGGUUUCCAUGGAAAAUCCUGAUGCCACAAUUUCUGUAGUCUCCUUGGGGCCGCAUGAGGAGAGGUCGGAGAGGUCGGAGUGUUCCGGCAGCUCGCACAACCCCACGGUAUACCUGGCUUCCCAGAAGUCCGUUCAGCAGAAGAAGUUCCACUCAUGCGGUUCAAUCUUCACUGCGCCUGGCCAACUUCUCGAUUGGGAGAGAGCUCCGGAACAGACACUGGCUGCAGCCACUGACCAGCCAAGCCUGCUGUUUGUUUGCAAUGGCGUGACUGGGGAGAAGAUCCCUUUGCGUUUGGUCCUGGCGCUGCGCGUCGCGGGGCUCAAGGUUUUGCUCGAGGAGCUGCUGGCGAUUCCCCAAAGGGAGAUGAAGCUCUCGUACAAGGGCAAGGUCCUGGAUGACAGGCGAACUCUGCUGGACAGUGGUGUUGAAGCACGGCAGUGUAUACAUGUCUCUGGGACCGGAAAAGACUCCCGGCCUUUCGAGCUGCCAAUCUACGGCUUCAAGGAUGCCCCUGAGCCAUUCUAUGUGCAAGCCAGAGCCUGUGACCUGGUCAUCCAUGUCAAACAAGAGAUCUCACAGAUCACGGGGCGGCCACUGAACAGUCUUCGUUUGACCAAUGGUGGAAGAACCCUGGCAAACGAAUGUCGUUUGUGUGACUGCGGCAUCCGCGAUGAGAGCUGCGUGCUGCAGAUCGCGGCUUGUAAUGGCAUGAACGGUUCUGCCCAGGUGGCCACAUCUGGGCCGCAGGCUCCCAGAGCCCAAUGGAACUCGAGUGCCCGGAAGCACCGCUGUCGCGGCUCGGAGCUAUUUCUCAGCAUCCUGCAGACGUGGCCGCCCGGUUCUCAAAAGAGGAUGUGGUCACAGAAGGCGCGGACCAUCCUGCAGCUGAAGGAGGGUUUGGAAGACUUCUGCGGGGUCUCUGCCCAGCAGCAGAUCCUAAUGCAUUGCGGAAGGCACUUGGACGACCACAACACUUUGGAGUAUUACAACUUUGAAGGUGGUGAGUGCUUGCAGCUGAUGCACGCAGGUGCGCGAGUCAAAGGCGGUCCAAUAGCAUCCAGGGACCGGGAGCCAACUUGCCUGGUGCUGCCACUGCCCCCGGACAGAAGAUCUCGGGUGUCCCGCGAUCCGGUGUGCGAUCCGCGACUAUCAGCUCCCCAGCCGAAAGCUGCCUUUGAGUCGAUCCGCCUAGUGAGUCAAGCACUGGCGGCCUUCACCUUGGGCAUGGACGUGCAAAAGAAACCCGAGUGCGAGGAUUGGAUGCAGGUGGUGAGCCAAGCACUGGCAGCACAUGCCAAAGGAAUGCCAAAGGAGGGCAUGGAGGAGCCGGCCGCAGUUUCGGGCAUUGAGCCCGCAAACUUGAGUCAAUUUGAUCCGAAGCCAGAAGGCAAAGUACAGGGCUGA